UCUUUCCUGAAUCUAAUUUUUUAUCAGUACUGUAUUCAUGUAUUUGAAGCCAAUAAUAAAUGAUCCUAUGUCUUGACCUUAAAAAAAAUCAAACUUUAUUGUGAAUGUAAUUUUCUUGUAGACUUGAAAGAUCGCAAAAGCAUGGCAGAAGUUCUCAAAUCAACGGAACUGUUCUUACAGUUGCUCUCUGACCUUGAUCUUCAGAAAGGUCCUGAACCAGAAUCCCUUCUUGGAAACACUAGUGGUGAGGAACCUGUUAGAAGGUCGCCAAGGAAAAUACAUCAACUGACUGGUACAUCUUCUAAGUCACCUAUAAGACAUUAUGAUAACAGUCUAACUCUUCAUGAAGAACUUGAUGAUUCACCUAGAAGGUCUCCAAGGAAGUCCCAGUCAAGAUCUUCAGAGGAACCAGUCAAAGUUGUGAAGCCAAAGCCGGUUAGAAAACUUGCUGUUAGUGACUCGAGUGAAGCAGAAAAGAAAAAGCUGAAGCAAGUUGCUGAAGAUCUUGCCAUCACCUCUUUGUCUCAAAGCACAAGCAGGCAAACAAAUCAAGAAGAUGAAGAGACCCGUCGAUUAAUUUCCAGCAGUCUAAGUAUUGUACAUGAUGGACCAACUGCUUUCCAGCCACAGCCAAGUUGCAGCUCAGUAACAGUACAGGAACAGGAAAUUUCCUGUCUCAAAAAUCGUCUUGAUUAUGCAGAGUACCAAAUAAGGUACAUGUGGUCAGAAAUGCAGGCAAUGAAAAAUGAUAUGGACCAGUUGAGGUCAAGCAAUGUGCCAAUGCAUGUAAACAAGACAGACUUGGAGCAAUAUGAUAGCAACCAAACUACCGAUAACCAGUCACAAAGCAGUGAGGAGGAGCCUGGAGUCUUCAAUGGCUUUACAAAGGACCAAGUGAUGGCAGAACUGAGGCACUAUCCCUCGUCUCAGAAGGGAACAACAAGGCUCUUCAGGAUGCUUUUUAGUAUAGAAGAGACCAAAGGCCGCUCACUCUUCGGUAUGAGGAAAGGUCACAAUGAGUCAGAUACCAGACCUGGUCUUGCAGACAAGGCAAAACUGAAGUUCUUGGAAGAUUGUGUGCUGGAAAAGUGGCCAACCACCCCAAGAACAGAAAUAUGGAGGGUGAUUCGGCACCUGCUCAAACCAUCCAGGAAUAGCUAAACUGGAGAAAAUGAAUGGACACAUUUAUUGUUAUUUUUUUGUGAAAACAUUUUCCAAUGGAGGAGGCAAUAAAAAGGAUUAUUUUUAAAAUUUU